AUGGCCUACCCUACCAGUCGUAUUGAAACAAAAACUCUCAUCAAGGCAGCCGUUCUGUGUGCUCUCAGCUUGAACACCAUCCCUUCCGUGCGUGCCGAAGCCUCCCUCGAUGCCGGCACAACGACCGACGUAGACAUUUGCGGCAUUUCCGACGGCGACAAGAGCGUCGGCAUUCGUGUGAUCGACGACAGUUCAUGCGCCUCAGGCGGUCUAGGCUGCUACAACGACCACUGCCGGUUCUGCAAGAUCCUCGAGACACCUCAGUCGUCGGUGUUUGAGAACUGUGCGACGUUCGGCGUCGACUUCCCCACGAUGGCCCCUCUGGUGGCGUCCACCGGCACCUGCGAGGUGUCGAGCGGCGAUGCGGCUGUCGGCAUCUCAGCUGUGACGGAUGAUGCGUGUCUGUACGGUGGCCUUGGCUGCUUCAACGACCACUGCCGCUUUUGCAAAGCCUCGAGUUCGGUUCAUUCGACCGCUUACUUGGACUGCGCGCAGUUCGGAAGUGUUGAUUCGACGGCCGAGUCUCCGGUCGUGGAUGAUUCCGAUCUCUCGGACGAGAGCGACGUCUCCGGUGAUGACUCGAGCUUUACCGAUGAUUUGGACUCUUCAGAUGACUCCGACUUCACGGAUAGUUCAGAUCUUACCGACCGUCUUAAUGACGGUAGCUUGUAA